AUGGCCUCCACAAUGUCCAAAGCCUUCUUCUCCCUCCUCGUCUCCGUUCUCUUCUUCUCCAGCGUGCAUGGAGAGUUCACGUGUGAGCAGCUGGAUCGCAGCACGUGUGCGUUCGCGGUUUCCUCAUCCGGUUUCCGUUGCGUGCUUGAGAAGCACGUGCGAAGCGGGUUCAAUGAGUAUUCCUGCCGUAAUUCAGGCGUGGCGGGGACCGGCGUGGAGGGCUGGAUCGAGACGGAUGAGUGUGUGGAAGCGUGCGGUCUAGAGCGGGUCACCGUCGGAAUCUCGUCGGAUUAUUUGGUCGACCGCCGGUUCAAGCAGCGGCUUUGCUCGCCAAAGUGUUACGAUAGCUGUCCCAACGUCGUUGAUCUCUAUGCGAACGUCGCGGCCGGCGAAG